AUGAGAGGUGUCUCUUACGUCUGGGCCAAUACGAACGGCUUGGCCAUUGGCGAAAAGGCUGAGAUAUACUGGGGCAUUCGACUUUACGAGCUAGCUCGUGAAUUCGGCGUCAAACAUUUUCUUUACGCCGGUCUUGAGUAUGCCUCCAAGCUCGGGAACUUCGACCCUAAAUAUCGAACCGGCAAUCUAGACGGCAAAGGGAAAGUGGUCGAUUUCAUAUCUCAUCAGCCAACUGCUCCGAUGGCGUGGUCUAUUCUGACAUCUUGUCCAUACAUGGAAGGUCUCUCUGAGUUCAUGCGGCCUUUGCCAGACCCGAAUGACCCGGGCACGAUGGUCUUCACAGCGCCUCUAGGAAAUGGAAAAUGUCCGUUAAUCUAUCUUGAGGACUAUGGACAGUAUGCCCGAUGGCUGCUUGACAAUCCCGCGAGGAGUAACGGUCUCGAAUUGCAUGUCGGCACAGAGGAUAUUGCGUGGACAGACCUCGCGACAGUCUUCACUACAGUGACCGGAAUAAAUGCAGUCUACAAAGAUGUUACUUUGGACAAAUACUUUCAGCUUGGCAUUUGGCCGGACCCAGAUGUCAUACUGGGUUACUCCGCCGGCUGUGACGACGGUUCAUUUAUGACCGUGCGAGAGAACUAUUCUGGGUUUUGGAAUACCUGGAAAGAUAAUUUGACGAAGAGAGAUUAUCAGCUGUUGGACGACAUCCUGCCAACUAGAGUGAAGAGCGUUAAGGAAUGGAUGGUGAAAACUGGAUACAGAGGGCACUACGUAUCUGUUUUGAAGGACCGUCGAGACACGGUUGGGAAAGGAAAAUGA